UUCCUCUUUUCUAGUUCUAGUUUGCUAACGAAAUCAUCUAUUUACAAAUUUCGGCAAGUUUUUAGGGCAUACUAAUAUAGUUGAUGAAGUCCGUCGUUUCAUUACUUCAUUUCUAGGUUUGAAUCACUUUUGAAAAGCACUUGUUUCUGUAGUACAAUGGAUCAUAGAACUCCGAGGGUUUUAUUCAAUGGAACUGAAUACUGGAAAUCUAAGUUUUUUGAGUUGGAAGGAAAUUUUUGGCAAGUUGAAAACCAGAAAUCUGAGUUACAGACAAAGUUUGAGGUAGGUAAAAGUCAGUAUAGUGUGUUACAUUUUGAUUUUGAGAAAAUGAAAAAGGAGUUUGUUGUAGUUAAGAAAAAGGUUGAAACCCUAACUAUGGAAAACAACAUGGUUAAAGAUGAAUUCAAAGAGCGUAAAAGAAUUUGUGAGGAAUUGAACGAGGGGUUCAAGAAGAAGCUUAACGAUUCCGAGGCUCAAGCGGCUUUGAAGGGAAAGUAUGGAGUGGAACUGGUAGAGGUUUAUAGGAAUAAGUACGAUGAGUGUAAAAGAAUGUAUGAGGAAUUGAAUGAGGGUUUCAAGAAGAAGGUUACUGAUCUCGAGACUCAACUGGACUUGAAGUUGAAAAAUGAAGUUGAGAUGGAGGAGAAAUUGGAGACUUAUCGGAGUAAGUACGAUGAUUGUAAAAGAGUGUGUGAAGAAUUGAACGAGGGUUUCAAGAAAAAGGUUACUGAUCUUGAAACUCAACUGGACUUGAAUUUGCAAAAGGAAGUGGAAUUGGAGGAGAAAUUGGAGACUUAUAGGAGUAAGUACGAUGAGUGUGAAGCAUUGAAAGAGGGUUUCAAGAAGAAGGUUACUGAUCUCGAAACUCAACUAGACUGGAAUUUGCAAAAUGAAUUGGAUUUGGAGGAGAAAUUGGAGACUUAUAGGAGAAUCUAUGAUGAGUGUGAAGCAUUGAAAGAGGGUUUCAAGAAGAAGGUUACUGAUCUCGAGACUCAACUGGACUUAAAUUUGCAAAAUGAAGUGGAAAUAGAGGAGAAGUUCGAGACUUAUAGGAGAAAGUAUGAUGAGUUGUAUGUGGAGUUAUUAGAGAAGACAAGAGAGUUGAAUGACCAAAAAUCCAUUAGGAUAUCUACUGCGGAAAUGUGUGUUAAACUCAGUAAGGAGGUUAAAGAAUUGGAGUCUGAUAAAAAGAGAGUAGAAACGAAGUUGAAGUUAUGAGGACGAAGUUAGAGAGUCAAACAGCAAUGAACAUCGGGGUUGAAUUGAGGAAAGAAAUGGAAGUGUAUAGACAGAAGUGUGAUGGUUUUGAGGGUCAGUUAAAGGAGAAGGAAAUGGAGCGUGUUGGAGUCGAGGGUCAAUUGAAGAGCUUGUUGGCAAUUAAAGUUGCUUUAAAUGAAGAGAUUGAGCAAUACAAAACUACAUGCAAUGGAUUACAAAAGCAAAUAUUGGGUCUAGUAGAAGAGCGAAAGGUUAUGGUCGACACAGAGGUGAAAGCACAAAAGAGAAUCACUUACUUAAAAGAAAUUGUUAAGAGGAUGGAAAGUGGUGCAAAGGAGGCAUCCGUUCAUGCCAAGACUGAAAACAUGGAUGUGGUGUUCAGGGAAAGAACAGCAGAAGGUGAAACUAAGAAGAAGUUUCUGGAGCUGGAGACACAGGUAUUAAAACUUGAAGAAGAGAAAUUAGCUUUGACUAUACAGAUUGAGGAAUUCAAUAGAAAGUCUGGGGAGUUGGGGAUUCAAGCAGACUUGAGGCUGAAAUAUGAACUUGAUUUGGAGAAAAAACUGGAAGGUUAUAAAACAAAGCAUGAUGAGUUGUGUGCCAAUUAUAAGAAGAAGAAAGCAAGAUUGCUUUUUCUAGAAAAUGAGCUCAAAAAGUACAAAACCAUGUGCACUCAGCUGAACAAGCAGGUUAAGAGUUUAGAAGAAGAUAAAAAAGACUUCAGUUUAAAAGAGAGGAGACAACAAGAAAAUAUUACUUGCUUGGAAAAGGAAAAUAAGAAAAUGAUGAAAAGUGAUGAUGCAGACAUGUGUGUUCAGCUAAAUAAGAAGAUUAUGGAUUUGGAAUGUGAGAAAAGAAGAGCCAAGGAUGAGACUGAAGUUUUAAAGACAAAGUUUAGAGAAUUGGAGAGUCAAACAGAUCUUCUGAAGUGCAAGGGAAUUGGACUGGGGAAAGAAUUGGAAAUUUGUCGACUUAAGUGUAAUAGUUUGUCUGUGGCGCUGAAGGAGAAAGAGAUGGAGUGUGUUGGAUUUGAGCAAAAAUUGAAGAAUCUAAUGCUAAUAAAAGUCGCUCUGGAUGAUGAGCUUGAAGGAUGUAAGACGGCCUUUAAUGAACUAAAAGAGCAAAUUAUGGGUCUAGGAGAAGAUCAAAAGGUUAGUUGUGAAAAGGAGAAAAAAUCACAACAAAGAAUUACUUACUUGGAGGAGCUAGUUAAAAAAUUUGAAAGUGAUGAAAGAGAGUUAAAGGCCCAGAUUUUGAGGCUGGACAUAGAGAAAUCAGCUUUGAGAUGUUUAGAUUCCCAUGAUAACAGAGAAAGCGGAUUUGAACUAAGAGGUUUACAAGAUAAAGUGAAGAACAAUACAAACAAUCUUCGCUGUGAAGUCGAUAGUGGGACUAAUGAUGCUAAUGUGGCUCCGUCAACAAGCAAAGGAGAUGAACAUGUCUCAGGUCCUAGUUCAACUAAUAACCAAUAUAAGCCUUUGGAAAAUGUGAAGAACAAGAAAAAUAAUGCACAAUUUCAAAGUACGGUGAAAGUAGAACUAGGUCAGGAGUUAGAAGGGAGCUCAAGUGAAAAGCUACACAUACUCGGUCAAGUGAGUGUAAGAACAUCGUCAAGAGGUAUUACAGAAAUUAACGAUAGCAAGGAUGGUAAGGAUAUUGCUCCAAAAUAUAUUUGUAACAUCACAGACAAAGAAAGAGACCAGUUUUCAAGUGAUGCUGCCUUCAAAAGUCCUUCAGAUAAUGGGAAGAAUUUGUCAUCCAUGAAAGGUUCAAAGAGGCCAUUGGAAAAUCAGAGAUGCGAAGAUUAUGAAAGCAUCUUUAAAGAGGAUAUCACAUUAGUCCCAUUAUCUUCCAUUUCAAAAAGAAGUAGGAGUGCAGAAACAGUGAUCAGUAGAUCCGAGAGUACGGUUGGUGAUACAAUUCCAGUUGGUAGUCAUAAGAGCUUGAUUUUGCUGAGACAGUGUCAAGAAAAAAAUUCUUUUCCAGACAUGAGUAAUAAUCCUUGUCAGAAAGUUGGAAACCCAAUCUUUAAGAAUGGAAACGAGAAUGUGGUUGAAGAAAUUGGCUAUGAAAGUGAGGGUCAAUGUGCUGGUGGAAUCAGAGUACAAUGCUCUUACAGUUUAGGUAGUCACGAUAGCUCUGGUGACUCAGAAGAUUCAAGCAAUGUAGAUUCGUCUUUUCAUCAAGCUUUAGCUAUGAUGAAAAGAAACAGACGGAAGAAUUCAAAGUGGCAAUUUGAGGCAGACAUGGUUUCUUCACUUGAAGAGGACCCAGAACUCUGCAUGAAGGCUGUUUGUGCUCUCUAUCGGCAGAAGUCUAUGGAAAAAUUAAUGACCGGAUCUUCACAUUCCAAUAAUCGAGGCUUUAAUGAGUAUGAUGCUCUCAGAGGAACUGCUUUAGCUGAAUUUUUGACAAAUGGAGACCCAAAAGGUGACCUGAAGAAAUCUGUAAAGGACUUGGAGAUGUUUGAUCAGAAAUCCCUUGAAUACUGUAAGAGAUUGGCGACAAACUACUCGAAGCAAUUAUUCAGUAUAUAUCAGAAGAAAGAAGACCCUUUCUUCCUGCCAUCCUAGUGCAGCCGACCAUUAUCUAAUCAAACUGCAAAUUCUGGUGGGAUUUCGUAGCAGUUAAGUUUGUAACUAUCGAGGUAUCAGUCAUAUUGUCAUGCUAGUCGGCCAUUAAAUGAAGAUUUUAUCAGGAUGUCAGACAUUUGUUUUCAAAUUUUGCUGUUUACAUCUGGGAAUAUAUUAGAUGUAUAAGUACUUCUUUGCCUGUUGAUGGCCAUUGCUGAUAAAAAAAAAUGUAGUCAGUUUAUGCUUGUGCAAAACAACUCUGUUAGAAAGACUCCUUGACCCAUUUAUGGUCAUUGCUCUUGCCCAA